GCAGAGCAAGACACCUUUGAAGAGAGCCCUUGGCUUAAGCAGAGUGACUUUCAUUCACUGACAUGAUGUUCCUGAACUGAAGAGGCUUGGGUUCAUUUCCACAACUGUGGAAAAAUGUUAACCAGUGAAAGAGCCCAUUUUUGGUUAGUAUGAAUUUCACGAAGCAUAUCUGAAGGAAGUUUGAUUGACAUGGAAGCCCAAAAAUCAUCAAAAAAUUGCAAUAUCACAGAAUGUCCAGACUCAAGUUUGCUUCUCAAUUGGCCAGAUGCUUUCACACUUCACAGCAAUAAUGUUUCCAAAGCUACAAAUCCAUUCUGGAAUGAACUGUCUGCUUCUAACCCAUUUUUGGAUGAUGUAACUCAGCUAAGAAAUAACCAGAAGAAAGAUAAUAUUUCCAUCUUGAAGGAAGAUCCUUUUCUUUUUUUAAGAGAAUUCGAAACUGGAAAUUCUUUGGAUUCCUCUGGUGAUGAACUUGAUGUGCAUCGAUUGUGUAGGCAGUCUUUCUCAAGGAAAUCAGUGAGAUCUAAAAGUGUUUCAGAACUUUUGGACAUGUUAGAUGACACAGCACAUGCCCAUCAGAGUAUACGUAACUCUGACCAGAUCCUGGAACACGACUUAGAAUGGCUUCAAAAUGAUCGAGAGGCUUAUAAAAUGGCUUGGUUAAGUCAACGCCAGCUGGCCCGCUCCUGCCUGGAUUUGAAUAUAAUUAAUCAGAGUCCUGGAUGGGCCCAAACACAAGUUGCGGAGACUGUGGUAGUUUGUAAAUUAAACCACCAAGGAGGGUCAGUACAAUUACCUGAAUCAGAUAUCACUGUUCAUGUGCCCCAAGGUCAUGUAGCUGUGGGUGAAUUCCAAGAGGUAUCGCUAAGGGUUUUUCUUGAUCCUCCACAAAUGCUUAAUCAUGAUCUUUCAUGCACUGUAAGCCCACUGUUGGAAAUCAUGUUAGGCAACCUUAACACAAUGGAAGCCAUUUUGCUGGAGAUGAAAAUCGGGGCUGAAGUGAGAAAGGAUCCUUUCAGCCAAGUCAUGACAGAAAUGGUGUGUUUGCACAGCCCAAGUAAAGAAGGCCCUUUCACAGUGUUAAACAACUGCUACAUUUAUAAAGACACCAUCCAAGUCAAGCUAAUAGAUUUGAGUCAGGUGAUGUAUCUAGUGGUUGCUGCACAAGCUAAAGCUACUCAGUCACCAGCUGCCACCAUCUGGGAUUAUAUCCACAAAACUACCUCAAUUGGAAUUUAUGGGCCCAAAUAUAUCCAUCCCAGUUUCACUACUGUUUUCACAGUUUGUGGACACAGUUAUAUGCCGGGAAAGCUUACAAUCUCUGACAUUAAGAAGGGUGGAAAAAACACCUCUCCAGUUGUGUUUCAGCUCUGGGGGAAGCAUUCAUUCUUACUUGACAAGCCACAAGAUUUAAGUAUUUCUGUUUUUUCAUGUGAUCCUGGUUUUGAAGUAAAGACGGAAGGAAAAAGAAAAGAACUUAAACAAAAGCAGUUGCAAGCAAGUCAAGUAGUUCAUCAGCAAUUUUUAUUUUCUUUAGUUGACUCCAGAAAAAUGCACUUGUUUGUUUUCCAGGUUCAGUUGGGGCCUCCCAAUGGUAGACCAGUGACACAGUUCUUUAUCACUACACCUGAUCCAGCCCCAAACCUAAAAAGACACUUAAGUCUGCCAGGUAAUUUGCAGAAGGAGAAGGAAAUCAAGUUUGCUCCUUCAUUACCAAGAGUGCAUGUUAAAUACCCCACAUUUCAAGACAAAAAAUUAAACUUUACCAAAUAUGGAGUGACUCUGAAGACAGUGCUAAGACAAAACAAGAUUGACUACUUACUUGAAUAUAUCAAAGGGGACACAAUAGCUCUUCUUGGAGAAGGUAAGGUAAAAGCCAUUGGGCAGUCCAGAGUGAAAGAAUGGUAUGUGGGAGUCCUGAGAGGUAGGAUUGGACUUGUACACUGCAAAAAUGUCAAGGUGAUUGCAAAAGAGCAAGUAAUAUCAAUGUCAGAUCGUGUCUUCACAACCAGGAACCUUCUUGAACAAAUUGUCCUGCCCUUUAAAAAACUGACUUAUAUCUAUUCAGUUAUAUUGACAUUGGUGUCAGAAAAAGUUUAUGAUUGGAAAGUUUUAGCUGAUGUCCUGGGUUACUCACAUCUGGCUCUGGAAGGUUUUGAACGAACACAUGCAGACAAAGAAUCAGAAAAAGUUUCUUAUGUUUUAAAGAAAUUAAAGGAAGAUUGCCAUGGAGACAAGAAUACCAGAAAGUUUCUUUAUGAGCUUGUUGUGGCCCUGCUGAAGAUGGAUUGCCAAGGGAUAGUAGCACAUAUCAUCCAAGAGGCUGCGCUCCUGACUUCAGCUGUCAAGCUGGGAAAAGGCUGGAGGGAACUAGCUCAAAAGCUAGUACGAUUCACAAAGCAACAAGUGGAGGCAUAUGAAAUUCCUCACCGAGGAAAAGCUGGAGCUGUUGCUGCGGAGAUGAUGUGGAAACCUGCAUACGAUUUUCUCUAUACUUGGGGUGCUCACUAUGGAAAUAGCUACAGAGAUGUGUUACAAGACCUGCAAUCAGCUUUGGACAGAAUGAAAAACCCUGUGACCAAACAAUGGCGAGACUUAACUGGAGCUUUACUACUAGUACAUUCUUUAGAGGUUUUGAGAGCAACUGCAUUCUCCACUUCCGAAGAAGUAUAG